AAGCACCCCCCGUGACUUAAAGCGGUACAGCUACUGCGUGACGCUUGCGUCUUCUUCCCUAGCUCACCAGCACAAAGGAAAGAGGCCGAAGAUGGGAGAGAGAGGAAGAGAUACAGUCUCCACGCACAAGCAACAUUGCGCUGUCGAGGGAACUGCGUGUUUUCCUAUGGCGGAGAACGGCGGCGCAGGGCAGUCGCAGCACGCCGACGACCUCAAAAGUGCGCCGAACGCAGACCCUGGGUUAGAUCGGAAUGAACCACAACCAUGUAGCCAGAGCACACCCGUGGCUCAGAACAUCGAUGGGGGUCGUAAGAACGAUGAGAACGACAGCAAUCCAGCGGAAGGGGUCGAACCAACCAUCAACGUCGAAGCGGAGGAGGACGAAGAGGGAUGGACAAGACGGCAAAGGAACCGAGACGGGAGGUCAUUCAGAGUAGCAGCAGAGGGAAGCCUUGGUGCGAUAGAGCGGGCGAUGGAAGAUGCGGUCAAACUCGGAAAGAAAGUCGUGUUCGAACCAGCUGUGGGCAUGACCUUCAAUUCUGAGCAGGAGGCUUAUGAAUUUUACAACGCAUACUCGUGGGAACUAGGGUUCGGCAUCAAGCGUGGGAACAAGUAUGUCAACGGCAACAAUUACAAAUCUAAACAAGAUUUGCUGUGCUCGUGUGAGGGCAAAGACAGUAAGCAAUUCUCAAGAUCUUCCAGGACACAGUGCCGCGCCAUGGUCAGACUGCUGCGGACUCAAGACGACGGUUGGUAUUAUGCCACAGUUGUGUUGGAGCACAAUCACAGAAUGGCUGAAACAAUAGGAGAAAGGAAAUUUGGAAGUGCCACAACCACAUUGAUUCAUCAAUCAAAGAUUUAG